AUGUAUAACAUCGAAAGUCCUCCAGUGUCUGCCUGUGUCGAGGUAAAUUUAAAACGUAACAUACACAGCAUCUAUCUCUCUCUCUCUCUCUCUCUCUCUCUCUCUCUGCGCGCAAUUUAUUUUAAAAGAAAAAGGACACCUGACAGAGCAGUCUGCCGGCUACCCAUUCUUUUGGACUGGACGUGGACACAACGAGCGACACCAGACAGGAGUUGGCUUUGCCUGGUCACUAUACUGGCAGCUAGUUCAAAGAGGAUACACGCUCGCCUGAUUAGCGUUCGUCCCUCGCUCCCCAGGAAGACGUUCGCCACACUGAUCAGAACGUACGCCCCGACCAUGACUAACCUUGACGAGGUGAAAUACAGAUUUUACGAGGAUCUGAAGGACACCAUCUUGGCCGUGCCCAGGACAGACAAGCUUAUCAUUAUCGGUUAUUUAACGCCCGUAUGGACAGAGAUAUUAUGUUGUGGGAGGGAGAGAUGGGAAAACACGGCGUGGGCAAGUGUGAGAGCAACGGUUUUCUUCUGCUGGAGUCCUGCACUGCUCAUGGUCUUCUCAUCACCAACAGUCUUCCGUCUGCCCAAACGCAACAAGACACAGGCAUCUACUUGA